AGUCGGAGCAGCGCGAGUGAUCGAGUGCGCAACUCUUUCCUUUCCUUCGUCUCCAGAGCCAUAUAAGCGGAUUUCCUAAACUCUGUUUCUUGCCCGAAGCCAGGAAGAAAAAUAACUAAAUUAUGCUUUAAGGAAGAAUCAAGCUUAUAUGAUUUGUGUUCAAGCAGAAGCUGUGGAUAUUCUCUAUUUGGAUGUUAAACAUGAGAGGAUGAAUGACAUUAAUCUAUCAUUCCCUUUUGCCUGCAAACUCAUUUGCACUUCCAAAGGUCCAGAUCAGCUUUAGUGAUCAUCUAAAGCAAAACGUCGGGUGCAUUAGCCUUUCAGUUUAUCGUUAUUUUUUUAAACUACUUUUGUGUUUGUGUAUUAGAUAAACCAUGGACACAUUGCCACAGAUCAAUGUAAACGACGUCAGUAACCUGGACUAUGAAAACUUCGAGGUUGCAGCAGAUGACCAUUUAAGAAAUUUAAAGGCUCUGGCUGAGAGACUAAGACUACAAACAAGGAGACCUUCCUAUCAAGAGUGGAAGGACAAAGUAGAAGCUACUAGUGCAAAAGGACCAUCGGAUCCAGCACAGUCUACAGUGUUAGGUCAAGGUGCAGGACAGGAGCACACGGACAGGCCCAAACGAAAUGACCACGAGUUGGACUUAACGCAAGAAUGCAGUCUGACUUCAAGAAACCUGAAAGGGUUUGAAAAUAUUGACGAGGCUCUCAUCUGGCUAAGGAAAGAACUGAAGGAGAUGCGUUUGCAGGACCAGCAUCUUGCCCGCCAGCUCAUGCGCCUGCGAGGAGAUAUCAACAAACUGAAGAUCGAGCAGACGUGCCACCUGCACCGACGAAUGCUCAACGAUGCCACGUUUGGCCUGGAGGAGCAUGACGAGCUCUCGGAGCUUCUGUGUGAUAGUCCUGUUACACCUGGGUUUGGUUUAUCAGCACCUCUCCGUCUGAUCGGCGUCACCAAGAUGAACAUAAACACAAGACGCUUCUCUCUCAGCUAGCUCAGGGUUUAGAAGUCACGUGUAUCAUGUCGUCAAUGUAAAAACAAGGCUCAUGUGAAAUUUAUCAUAGUGAAGUAUAGUUUAUGUAUUUUGUAAUGAAACAUGCACUCUAAGUAACUUGCUUUUACAGCUUUCUGUAUUGUACACCAUAUGCUGUAUAAGUUUAAAUCAUACAUCAAGCCUCAGAAGCUCAAUGAAGAAAAAUAAUUGAACAGGUAAGGCAUACAGGAUGUGGAGAAAUUACGCUUGAAAAAUUUCUGCUUCAUCUUGUAUUGAUUUGAACAUACUUUCUAAAGACAUAUGUGAUCAUAGUAGAUAGAGGAAAAUAAUCUUACAAAUAGAAGAAUGAAAAAGUACCAGCUUGACUUCAUGUGCAUGAAGCUUACACUCACUGGCCACUUUAAUAGGAACUUGUUCUUGAGCCUAAGAUUCCUGUUCUUGGCUGGCAGGAGUGGAACCCACUCUGGUCUUCUGCUGUUGUGUGCUGAGAUGCUUUUCUGCACACCCCGAUUAUAAAGAGUUGCUAGAUCCUUCCUGGCCAUUUUCCUCUGACCUCUCUUAUCAACAAGGCGUUUGUUUCCACCCACAGAACUGUCUCUCACUCAGUGGUUUUUCGCACCAUUCUGUGUAAACUCUAGAGACUGUUGUGUGUGAAAACCCCAGCAGAUCAGCAGUUUCUGAAAUACUCCAACCAGUCCAUCUGGCUCAAACCAACACCCACGCCACAGUGAAAGUCUCACUCGGAUCACAAUUUUUCCCAUUCUGAUGUUUGAAGUGAAAAUUAGCUGAAGCUCUCGAUUUGCAUCUGCAUGAUUGAAUGCAUCGUGCUGUCAUCAAGGGAUCGGCUGAGUAGAGAACUGCAUAAAGCAGCAAGUGAAUGGGUGUUUCUAAUAAAGGGGCCAGUUGGUGUAGUGUGUUAAGUUUUCAAGCGUCUCAAAUAAGGACCUCAGUAAUUUAUGACUGGGGUAUUUAGUGCGAAUUUCAUCGUAUACAUUAUUUUGUUUUUAACAUCAUUUGAUUUAAAUUUCAUGAACAUUUUCUAGCUGCUGUAUACCUGAUAAAAACACAAUGUACUACUUUAA